UCGAUGAAGGAGGGUGUGUGUUCCCAUGACAACCGCUCACGAAGAGUCCUUAGCAACCAAACUGAAAGCCGUCUCUCCGACCAUCUGAACCGUCCGUCAAGUGAAAGUUAACGUUGUUCAACUUUGUUGGAUGAUUGUGUUAUAGAUGGUAGUUUAUGUUUUAAACGCCUGGUCAGAAUGGGUAUCGAUUACUACGCCAUAUUGGAAAUUAACAGAAACGCAACAGACGCGGAUAUCAAGAAGUCGUAUCGGCGUCUGGCUUUGAAGAACCAUCCGAGCCGCCGACCGGACUACUUCGAUGUCUUCCGGGACCUGGCGGAGGCUUACGAUGUGCUGAGCGACCUGAGGAAGAAAGCGACGUACGACAAGUUCGGGGAGGAGGGGCUAAAAGGGGGCGUUCCCCAGGAGUUCGUGGGGAACGGGGCGUGGUCUGCUCCGUACGUCUUCCACGAGAACCCCAGCAAAACCUUCCGGCUCUUCUUCGGUGGCGACAACCCGUUCGCUGACUUCUCCGUGGGGGCCGAGGACGGGUCCGGGGGGGUCCCCAGCCAAGAGAGGAGGAGCCAGGACGGCCCGAUAGAACGCGACCUCAGCCUGACCCUGGACGACCUCUACCACGGCUGCACCAAGAAGAUCAAGAUCUCCCGCAGGGUGAUGAACGAGGAUGGCUACACCUCCAGCAUCAAGGAGAAGAUCCUCAGCAUCGCUGUGAAGCCCGGCUGGAACGAGGGAACCCGGGUCACCUUCCCCGAGGAGGGAGACCAGGGACCAAACAGUGUUCCUGCGGACAUCGUGUUCAUAGUGCGACAGAAGCCCCAUCCCUGGUUUACAAGACAGCGUGACAACCUGGUUUACAAGGCCUCUAUCUCUCUAGAGAUGGCCCUGACAGGGUUCUCAGUCGACGUGGAGACACUAGAUGGCAGGCUCGUCAACAUUCCCGUCAACGACAUCGUGCACCCCGGGUACAGCAAGCUGGUCCCGGCCGAGGGGAUGCCCCUCUCCCAGUACCCGGGACUCCGAGGGGACCUCAUCCUCACCUUCGACACCCAGUUCCCCCCGAAGCUCUCCCCGGAGAGCAAGCGACUGAUCAAACACGCCCUGUCAAUCUGAGAACUGUACCACCGACAACACAAAUAGUCCUGAACAAUGUGACCAGUACGAACAUCGCUAACAUUACGAACAUUACGGACAGUAAUACCACCAAAAUGAACAUGACAAACAACGCCAACACGAUGAACAAUGGAGACGAUUGAGACAAUGCUCGCAAACAAUACCAACAUUGCAAACGAUGCAAACUACAUGAGGGAUGCAAACGACAGCAAUGAUAC